UACAUUUUGGCGGAAUGGUUUAAUCUUUAUGAUGAAUGUAUUUCACUGGGUGGUGGAUUCUUGAUUGUUAGCAAAAUGUGAUCUAUUACGGGAACAUUCAGCAUGCACAGUCUUGAUCCUAUGUGGAGAAUGUGUAAUAUGGUGUACCCUUGCCUUGCACCGUUGUCAUUCUGGCUAUAAGGAUCACAUGCAGUGCUGCCUGUAAUGCGUGUUGCCCUCUUAAAAGAUGGCCACCUCGGCCUUGCUGGUUGGUCUGAGUGUUGCUCGCUCUGGAUUGGACAGUAAUGCGUUUCAUGUGCGCUAAUAGAUCGUUCCCCUAUGAACUGCACAUCUGCUUGAUAGUUCCUUUUGCGCGGCGGUACAGAAAAGCGUUCGGAGCCAGGAGGGAGCAAGUUGCACUCGGAGCCCUAUUUGGGAUGCACUGGUUUUCUAAGCUGACCGGCAAACGAUGGUAAUGCUGAGUUGCCAGUGAGAGGCAGGAGAGUAAUGCUCUGGGUCUGUUUCGCCUGCGCUGUCCAUUGGGAAACCUUCAGGUUGGGCCACUUUACCCUGCUCUGGCUUUUAGCUUUCCCACCUUGGAACCUCCACUUUCUAGCGCUGGCUGGUACUGAAUCUCGUGGCAGCUGCUCUAUUGGGAACCGCGGCUUUGGAUCACUCGAGAGCAGCAAACUGAGUAGCCCUUGCUCAUAAUUUCUGUGCUUCAAAGAAUGAUUAAACAGAGAUAACAGUUCCUCAACUUUGAAGCCAAAGAGAGUGAAAGUGAUAUGUCAUCAUCACUAACUCACAAAUCGAGCAGGCAGCGUCGUCAAAACAACCUGCAUCCUGGCUUGAACAGUGUUGAAUACAGUGGUCAGGAUGAUAUGGCAGAAGAUGACAGCGAAGCUUUACUACAAGACUGUGAAGUGCCUGCUCCCCCAAAAACUGCCAAUUAUAAAGCAGAGCUAGGGAAUAUUCUUUUUUUGCUUUUUCUAUACAUUUUACAAGGAAUUCCCCUGGGACUUGCUGCUAGUAUUCCUUUAAUACUCCAAAGUAAAAAUGUUAGCUACACAGACCAAGCAAUCUUUAGCUUUGUCUUCUGGCCAUUUAGCCUCAAGCUGCUUUGGGCACCAUUGGUGGACUCCUUGUACAUCAAGAAAUUCGGCCGCAGGAAAUCCUGGCUGGUUCCUACACAGUAUAUCUUGGGAUUGUUUAUGAUGUAUUUAGCAGCCACAGUAGACGAUCUCCUCGGUGGAGAACAUGGCCCUGAUAUGUUUGCUUUAACAGCUACUUUCUUUUUAUUUGAAUUCUUGGCUGCCACUCAGGACAUUGCAGUGGAUGGCUGGGCUCUGACCAUGCUUUCCAAAGAGAAUGUGGGGUAUGCUUCAACGUGCAAUUCUGUAGGACAGACUGCUGGAUACUUCAUGGGAAAUGUUCUCUUCCUUGCACUGGAAUCAGCAGACUUUUGCAACAAGUACUUAAGAAUUACUCCUCAGCCAAAGGGAUUGGUUACUCUUCCAGAUUUCUUGUUCUACUGGGGAGCAAUAUUUCUGGUUACUACAACCUUCGUCGCGCUGAUGAAAAAAGAGAACAAGAAUGAAAGAGCAAGCAGAGAAGAGACUCAGAGUGUGAAAGAGGCCUAUAGCCUCCUGUUGCGCAUAGUGAGAAUGCCGGCCGUUCUCAAGUUCUGUGCCUUACUCCUUACAGCAAAAAUUGGAUUUUCAGCAACUGAUGCAGUCACAGGCCUCAAACUUAUAGAAAGGGGAGUUCCUAAAGAACACUUGGCUCUUCUGGCAGUGCCUAUGGUCCCCCUGCAGAUUCUCUUGCCUUUGAUAAUCAGCAAGUAUACUGCUGGCCCAAAACCCCUGGAUAUCUUCCACAAAGCCAUUCCUUUUAGGUUAUUGAUGGGCUUGGAAUUUGCCCUUUUAGUUUGGUGGACUCCAAGAGUAAGCCAUGCGACCGGAUUCCCUCUCUAUUAUUAUCUUGUGCUUUUGCUGAGCUAUGCUUUACACCAGAUUGCUUUAUACAGCAUGUUUGUGGCAAUUAUGGCUUUUAACGCCAAAGUCAGUGACCCUCUCAUUGGAGGGACAUACAUGACACUUUUAAAUACAGUGUCUAACUUGGGGGGAAACUGGCCUGCUACAGUUGCCCUUGGGAUGGUAGACCACUUGACAAGCAAGGAAUGUGUUGGAGCAGAAGGACACGGUUGUAUUGGCCAUGAAGCUGCAGAACUCUGCAUUAAAUCUGGUGGCUCUUGCGUUACCCUUAUUGAUGGAUAUUAUGUGGAAUCAAUUGUAUGUUUUGUCAUUGGGUUUUGCUGGUGGUACUUUUUUGGCCCAAAGUUUAAGAAACUCCAGGAUGAAGGACAAUCUUCAUGGAAAUGUAGACGGAGGAAUUAUUUCUAAAAAUCGACUGGAAAUACAAAUAGUUGAUCACGUGGCUGUUAUUAAUGUGGAGCAAAACUGCAAAAAAUAAUUCUCGGGGUGUGUCUGUUUAUGAAUGCUAAUUCUCAUCUAAAUAUUGUGUGAAGGGCCUGUUUUGGGUUUUAUAUUACUCAAUACAGCAAACUGCUCUAAAGCAAAAAAGAAAGGAAUAUCCGACAAACAAACAUUCCACUCACACAAAGUUUGUUCUUUUACUGUUGUAUUUACAGUAUGGCUCAUCUAUAAAUAUCCUGCAAUUCCAGGAUGUCACGCCACGCCAGAUACUUAAUCCUUUUUCUGUAUAUGCAAUAUGUGAGUUUAUACUGGAAUCAGUAGCUUUCUACAGUGAACGUGAAUGAUCUAGCUGUUGUAGGUAUUCACUUUCUCUAAGGGGGUUAUUUAUCAAAAUUUCUAAUUUGUGAAAUCUAUUCUGACCAAAGCUGCACAGGUUAUUUCCCCUUAGUUAUCAAUAUAUUUUCCCAAAUAUUUCCUGUUAUGGGGAAAAACUCGAAAAACUUGUAAAAAAUUUGGAUAAUACAAAUUGAUUUUCCACCUGAAAACUCAGAUUUCUUUCCGAUUUGUGCCCGAAAACCACUAAGUCUUUGGAUUAUUGCAUGAAACCCAGUGCAAAUCAGGAUAUCUUGGGGACUUCUCCCAUUGACUUAUAUACAACAUUGGCAGGUCUGAGAAGGCGGAUUUUCAUAUUCAGACUUUUUCCAUCCUCGUUUUUUUUCCCACUAAAAAUUUGUAUUUUAUAGAGAAAAAAAAAACAGUUUUUGGCAUUCAGACUUUAAUAAAUAACCCCCUAAGUGUUUAUAUCAAUACCAAUUUUUUUUCAUCUCUGAUCUACAGAUGGGUUCCUAGUUUAGCUUGAAUGCAGACAAAUGAAUGCUUGGAUCCAUCUCUAAUGGAUGUAAUUAUAUGUGAUCAUGGAGGAACCCAUUCCCAGACCAGAGCAUGCGUAAACUCAUUUCAGUCUGUUAAGGCAGAACUUAUUCCAAAUCUUUGGAUCAUUGUGUGGUUAUUUAUGAGCAGAGCCCUGAAGUACUGUCAUAUUGACUGCUACCACAUGUGGUACAUAGUAUUUGAACACAAAUGGGAAGGAUAUAUAUUGCAAUUUUUUUUAACAAAACUUCAGGAAAUGUUCAUAGUCCCAUGUUAAGCAACAUUCCUAGGAUUGUACAGUUUUUAUUCCAGCCUUGCUGUCCAUAUUUUUUUUUUACUGGAACCUGUUUCUCCAAAGGUGAUUUUACUAUAAUUUGGUUUGUGUUUUUCUAAGCUUUUAUGAAUUAAGACACACCAAAUAUCUGUAAGUCGCUCAUUGCCCGAAUGUUUAAAUAUCUAUUGAAACAGUUUGUAAAAACAAGAAUCAUUAGUGACAUGUUCUAUUUUCUUAUAAUCACUGAUUAAAAGAAAACAACCUCUUUAGGUUUCUUACAGUUA